GCAAAACUGCCUAGUGCGUGUCUAAGAUACCACCAUCGCUGCAUCCGGCACUUCUACAUACCUUGGCCCUCUCGAUCUGCGGCGUUUGACUGUGCAUCAACGGCCCGUAUGGGGGACGCCAUCUGUCAUCAUGACCGCCUGUCAAUGUGCUGCAAAAUUCCGUCAUCAGACUGUCUCCUUGGACCAUAUCUAUCCACUCAUCAUCGUCAUCAUCAUCAUGACCGUCGUCGUGACUGCUCACGACGAGCAGAGAAAGGGUAAGCGCAAGCGAGCCUUAACCUGCGACGCCUCGCUGCUGUUGCUUCCCCCGCCAACCAUUCCCCAUCCGGCCGCGGUACAGACCACUCUGCAUUAAUCUCAAACCCAUCCUUCGCGACA